CACUCACUGGAUUCAAACCCAAGUUUCGAAAACCCCAAACCCCCAAAAUCACACCCAAAGUCUUAUCAGUCAUAGAAGCGCGCGCACAAUUUCUCACACAAGCUAGGGCAUUUUUCUUUGCUAAUCAAGGAAAAAUGGCGGCUAACGUUGGUGGUCGGAGUUUGAGGAAGCCGACGUUCGUGAAGGCGGACAGCCUGAAGCCGGGUACCAACGGCCACAAUCUGGUGGUGAAGGUCGUCAGCACCGAAACCACGCUGCAGAAGGGCGCCGCCGCCUCGCCGCACCUCCGAGGAAUCCGCGUCGCCGAGUGCCUCGUCGGCGAUGAGACCGCCACCAUCCUCUUCGCCGCCCGUAACGAACAAGCACUGGCUGUUGAGAAAGAAAAAAGGCCACUUCGUAUGCUGCUGUAUAUCAAGCUAAGCUCGGGAAAACUACAGAGCAGCUUAACAAUUGAAGCUAUUUCACGUUGUUUGGAGUACACCGCGUUUGAUCAGUUAAAGCAGAGACUGCUAACGGCGAAGAUGAGAAAAGGGAAAAAUGAUGUGAUGGCAAUAUCUCCAGAAGCUCUUUCUGCAUUUUCUGCUUUUGUGUUGGGUGCUGUCUCGAAAUGCAUUGCUACAUGUUUAACGUACCCAGCUAUAAGGUAA